CUUAUAAUAAAUCCUAAAUUUUCCAUCAUAUAUUCAAUGAUAACUUCAUAUUUAUGUAAUCAGACUCAUUCCCUCAUUGCAUCUAAAAUGUAUCUAAAUGUAAACACAUCAUGAAAUGGCUAAUUAAUCUUAAGUCCCGUAAGCCGUGGUUUGUCAGAGCUGUCGCUGGUGUUUGUUGUACGCCCCACACAGUGGAAGUGGACAGUAUCAGAUUGCACCUCUUUGCCCUAAUUACCAGAGCUUUGCCUCAGUGGGCCGUCAUGGUUUGCUAACAGCAAGAGCUCAUUAACAUGGAUGAGGUGGUCUGAGGGGGCUCAGUAUAAAUACCUGCACACGCCCUGCUCGUAGCACACAGGUGGGACCCUGAGUAGGACCCUGAGUAGGUGAAGAUCUAGAGUCAUGACCUGCCAGGCCUUCAGCACCACUGAUUGCUUCACUACUCUGAGCGGAGACUCGGCUGCUCUGCCGCUGCUCAUGCAUCACACCGGAGCCGCAGACUGUCUGCCCGUCUCCAGCCACACCACCAACAUGAUGCCUUCAGGUCUGCCACUGGUUCAGUCAUCCAAACGCUCACAUAUGCACCUGUCCACUUCUGCUUUGGGCAAUGCGUCAGCCAGCCUGCACUAUCCAAUGCCCCCGUGUCACUAUAGCAACCAGCAGACCACCUACGGCAUGAUGGCAGCACAGGAAAUGCUCUCUGCCAGCAUCUCCCAGACCCGCAUCCUGCAGACCUGCAGCGCACCUCAUGCCAACAUGGUCAACGGAGCCAACUCACUGCAAGGAGCUCUGGCUUCACGCCUCUAUAAGUUCCCAGAGCACAGUUUGGGUGGGGGCUCCUGUGCUUUGACCCACAGUUUACCGCCGCUGCCCCAGGCCCUGCUCAUGGACGAGCCCACCCUAGGAGACAUCAAGCAGGAGCUGCGCAGGAAAAGCCGGCCCCUGGAAGAGCCGCCCGACAUGGACUCACCUCAGAUCCGUGAACUGGAGAAGUUUGCUAAUGACUUCAAACUGAGGAGAAUCAAACUAGGUUACACUCAGACCAAUGUGGGUGAAGCCCUGGCGGCUGUGCAAGGCUCUGAAUUCAGCCAAACCACCAUCUGCCGCUUCGAGAACUUGCAGCUCAGCUUCAAAAAUGCCUGCAAGCUCAAAUCCAUCCUGGCAAAGUGGCUGGAGGAGGCUGAGCAAGCCGGUGCUCUUUUUAAUGAGAAGAUGGGCAUGCAUGAACGUAAACGCAAACGGAGAACAACCAUCAGUCUUGGGGCUAAGGAAGCCUUAGAAAGGAAUUUUGUGGAGAAGAGUAAGCCAUCAUCUCAGGAGAUCGUGCGGAUGGCGGAGGGUCUCCAUCUGGAGAAGGAGGUGGUGCGUGUUUGGUUCUGUAACCGCCGGCAGAGGGAGAAGAGGGUCAAAACCAGCCUACAUCACAGCUCCUUCAUGGCCAAAGAGACCGCAGCCUGUAGAUCUUGAAGAUCCGGGGUCUCAGCAAUGCUGAUGUGUGAUUAUCUACAGGCAAAAAAAAACAACACCAACCUUUGGCAGUGAGUGGGUUUAUUGUACUGAUUCACCAGCAGGAGUACUGGAUAUGCUGCAGUGACCCCCAAAAAGUAUUUGAACACAUGUAAAAAUGUCUGAAUGUUAUUUCAUCAAAUAUCAAACCAAGUGACCAGUUUGAAAAAGGUCAUAUUUAGAAGAUGUAUGAAGUCAGUUCUCCUCAAGUGCACACAGGAGUCCUAUCAGAGCAAUUAGAGGUGUGGAGAAUCACAUGAACUAAUUCAUGAAUAUAUGAUCCACUAACGUUUUACAAAUACUUAGUGCCACAAUACUUUCUCUUGUUAAUGAACAUCCACAGUUUUAGCGUUUAAAUCCCUUUUCAAAUUUCUUUAUUUGAACAAGUUAAAAUAAAUGCCAAUUGGUUUCAGAUAAUGACAUUCAUAGAUUUUAAGGGGCGCUUUUAGUGUCCAAAUACAAUUUUUAUUUUAUUUUUUAAACUUUGACUCAGUUUGUUGAAUGUUUUGUUUAAAAAGGUUAAAAUAAAGUUAUAUAAUGCAGUUACAUCUAAAGUUACAUCUUAGUGUCCAAAUUGUAUUUUAUUAUUUAUUUUAAUGAAUAAUACCACUUAAGCAACCCCUUCACUGGAAUUUAACCUUAAGCUAUUAAAAUUAAAUUUAUUUUUAUAAAAGUGGGUUUGCUCUAAAAUGGGAUACAUGUAAUUAAUUUUUUAUUAUUAUUUUUUUGACCUGAAGAUAAAAUUUAAAAUAGCUUAUAAGGGCAGAAAAGUAUCUUGAUACUUCAAAAUAUUUAAAAUAAUUUAUUCAUCAUUCAUAUAUUUAAAUGCAUUCCAAUCAAAGUUUAAUAUAUUAGGAAAAUAUGCAAAUAUUCUGAAAGCAUAUCCUGGAAACGUGUCAUUGCACUGUAGAGUUUUGCAUGAUGCAAGCAAACCUUUUUGUGAUGUAAUUUGUAAAGAAAUGAUACAUUUGUCCAAAUAAAUGACUAAUAAUGAA